GGAAUGGGCUAAGCAAGAUGCAGUAGUGGUGGCAGCUGGUCUGGAAGGAACUAUGCACUUCAGGGCGAGUCUGCCGCCGCUAUAAAUCUACGCGCGAGUCCGCCUCCCAUUUAAGGCUCCCUCCCCCUGCUUACCCACGGCACUAUUGCGAGAUGCUUCGGCUACCUUGGGUUGUGUGAGCCACUAACAAGGCACGGAUAGUGUUCUCCGUUUUAACGUGUUCAUCCUUUCCUUCCAUUAUUUUUUUUGUUUGCAUUUUUUAUUGUUUCACGGGAAAACAUUAUUCCUCCGUUAUUAGUCGCCUUCUUUUAAUUUUACUUGUCUGUCAUUUGGUUUCUGGUUUCGCGGAAGAUUGAUCUUACACAUUUUGGUGAUUAUUUGAAGUUAUUCGGAUCUGUGCAGCUUAUUUUUUUAGACUAUUGAUAUCUACAAUUUAUAGAAACGGACUACACCGUCGUCCUUUACCUUAUCUCAAAGACUGCAACUCCCAAGUAACAUGGCAGUCAGACUGUGUGGUGUGGCCUCUCUGCUUAGAAGUGGUUCGUGGGCAGCAGAGCCUUGGACUGGGCAGGUAAUUGCUGCAAUGGAUACGCAACUACCCAAUGGUCCAACAUGUAAUAACACAGCCAAUGGUCCUAGCACAAUCAACUGCUCUUCACCAGUUGAUCCAGGGAACACGGAGGACAGCAAGACAAAUUUAAUAGUAAACUAUCUGCCUCAAAACAUGACACAGGAGGAACUGAAGAGCUUGUUUGGCAGCAUAGGUGAAAUAGAAUCCUGUAAACUUGUAAGGGAUAAAAUAACUGGCCAGAGUUUAGGAUAUGGGUUUGUCAACUAUGUUGAUCCGAAAGAUGCUGAAAAAGCCAUUAAUACGUUGAAUGGUCUGAGGCUGCAGACAAAAACAAUAAAAGUUUCAUAUGCUCGUCCAAGCUCUGCAUCCAUUAGAGAUGCAAACUUGUAUGUAAGUGGCCUACCAAAAACAAUGACACAGAAGGAACUUGAACAGCUUUUUUCCCAGUAUGGGCGCAUUAUUACAUCACGGAUUUUAGUUGACCAAGUCACUGGAGUGUCCCGGGGUGUUGGAUUUAUCAGAUUUGACAAAAGAGUUGAAGCUGAAGAAGCCAUCAAAGGACUGAAUGGUCAGAAGCCUGCAGGUGCCACUGAACCAAUCACUGUCAAAUUUGCCAACAAUCCAAGCCAAAAAACCAACCAGGCUAUCCUUUCUCAGCUGUACCAGUCUCCAAACAGGAGAUAUCCAGGGCCCCUUGCUCAGCAGGCUCAACGUUUUAGGUUGGAUAAUCUUCUGAAUAUGGCAGCAUAUGGCGUGAAAAGGUUUUCCCCAAUGACUAUUGAUGGUAUGACCAGUUUAGCAGGAAUUAACAUACCAGGGCAUGCAAGCACAGGAUGGUGCAUUUUUGUGUACAACCUGGCCCCAGAUGCAGAUGAGAGUAUCCUAUGGCAGAUGUUUGGACCAUUUGGUGCAGUAACAAACGUAAAAGUCAUCCGUGAUUUCAACACAAACAAAUGCAAAGGUUUUGGUUUUGUGACUAUGACAAACUAUGAUGAAGCAGCAAUGGCAAUAGCCAGCCUAAAUGGAUAUCGACUUGGGGACAGAGUGCUUCAGGUCUCCUUCAAAACAAACAAAACACACAAGGCCUAAUGUGCUUACCCUCUAUGUUGUCAAAACUAUACAACAAAGGCAAAAUAAGGGAAAAUUUAUAAAUUCAUAAAUGUCUUUGUAAGUCAGUCAUGGGAGGGUUAAAUUACUAUUCGACAUACUACAGGAAAAUGUGAGAUUUUUUAUUGCUAGUCUCAAACUGAAACUUCUUAAAUAUUUUAUGUUUAAAUGGGCAAAGAAACAGGGUUUUUACCUGUCUCAUUAUGUUGUAUUGCCUUCUUUGAUGAAGGCAGAUCUUUUAAUAUGUUUCAGCUAAAGGAAGUGACUUUUGUUUUUAUAUACUUGCCUUGGACCAUUGAAGUAAAUGUAAGGCUUUUGUGUUGAUUUCCAUAUUUAACUUUCAGUGUUAAUUUGCAGUAUUAUGCAUUGCAUUUUCCAUUUUUGUUCAUAACAUUUUGAAUUAUUUUACUUUAUUGAACUGUAUUGGGAUUUAUAAUCAUAAUUUGAGUUUGGGCUGGGUGGGCUGCAUUACAAGAAUUUUCUUUCAUAAAGCAGUACCUUACCAAAGAGAUGAGCCUCUUUGAUGUGAGUUUGACAAAGUAUCUAUUUUUAUAAAAAAAAAAAUUUGGAGAAACUUUUUACUGGAUCUGGAACAAAUAUUUUGACUAGGAUACUUAUUAAGAAAUACCUUCGUAUGACACCUAGUGAGCUUUUAACUUACCAGGAGAUUUGCAGUGGUUGGAGUUUUGACAGUCUUAUGAUGUACAGAUAAAAUUAUAUGAUGUUUGUAAUAAGCUUUAGAAUCAGUGGGCACUGUUGGUAUCUUUUGUGCAAUCAUUAGUGGAAUGUCUCAUCAUCCUGGUUAUGUAUUAUGUGGUAAGCAGCUCACAUUAAGUUGCGUUUUUGAAGAAAAUUUAAAGGUUAAUAUUUGCAGAGCAGGUAAGCAGUUUGCAGGAAAUAGGGGAAAAUCUGUUCUUCCUUGAAUUCCCUUCUGAAUAGAGCUCAUGGUGUUUAGAGAUGUACUUGCAAGACACGCUUGCAAUAUAUAUAUAUUUUUUUCUUUGUCUUGACAGAAUUUUUCUUUGCAUGAUGAGUCAGACCAGACAGUUAAUUUUGGACUCUUUGAAAUGUAGGUUAUGUUCAGAACAAACACCUGAGCUUUUUGUGAUGUAAAUAUGUCCUUGUGUUAAGUUUUGUUUAACUACCAAGUGGUCAAGUUUUGAAUGAGCUGUUUUUUUGUUGAAUUUUUUUUUUCUUUCUCUGGUUGUCCAAGAGACUUGGAAUUAGUGCAUCAGAUUUGUUCAUUUUGUCUGUAGAUUUGUCCAGCUUUCACUGUUUAUAGUGAUGCAAUGUUUUUGUUUUCGGUAUAUAAAUAUAUAUAAUAUAAUAUAUAUGUUGUGAUAUAAAUAAAUAUAAACCACAGUUUUGGGACAAAUUUUUCAUACAGAAACUUAAUUCCUGUAUGGUAAAUACAAUUUUUGUGUACAACACUUCAACCACAGUUGAGGGAAAUGUCUUUUACUAUUGUAUCAAGAGAAUUCGUAUUUUCUGAUCAGCAUUUAAUGUAUCUUAUUCUUAUACAUGAAACAUGCCAGGUUGUGGGAGUUAACUCCUUCACCGGGUUGCACUGAUAUAGCUGUAUUUAAAGUCUUGCUUUGUAUAAACUUAAAAAUGCUCAGUAUGCUUCCCUUUAGAACAAGCAGAAGUGCUAUGCAUAACAUAGUUGUAUAUUUAACUUUGCAGUUGCUUUUUUGAAGAUCUAAUUACAAAAAAUUCAAUAGUACGGUGAAUAACAGUAUACUGUGAAGUGCGUGCAAAAGUGAAUGAGCAGAUUUCUUGCUCAACUUAUCAAUGCUGUUCAGAUUCAUUCGGUUUCCUAGGCAUUUUGUCACCUAAAUAGUUAAAGCCUGCUAUGGUGUGUCAAUGACUUAAGUUCCAUUGCAUUUAUAUGUGAAGGACUCAGGACAUGUCAGUAUUGUAAUUUAAAUAUUGAACAGUAAAUGAAAGCAUUGAUGAGAAGGCAGGUAAAUUAGCAUUCACUUCAGUGUUCAUCAGAACACUUAUAAGACUGGUAUUUGAAUUUGUACAAUAUAACUCACAUCUGGUGGGAUAAGUCUUACGUUUAAUAUUAAAAGUUGUACGUUUUCUUUUGUGUUUGGAAUCUGUAUUUUUUCAUGUUCAGUACAUCAAUAAACAACGUUGAAGGGAAA